AUGCGACUUGAUGACAGAUACGUUCCGUACUUGCAAAUGGCAGGUCUAUACCAUCUUGCAAGGUUGAACGACCGAUGGUUUCGGCUAGACGAGGCCCUUGACGUGGCAUACCAGCUGGGUUUGCCAGUGGACGGCCAUUACGUGAGCGGGUGCCUGUCAGAGUUCCAUAUAUACAUCGAGGGUGGCCACCCAGCCUGGGUCUGGUUCCAGGAGUUGCUCGGAGUUAUACCUCCUCCUAGUCAGGUUCAGAAGUACGCAGUGAACUGCAGCUGGUUUCAGGAGACUUUUGGCGAGUGCCCUGAGGAUGCAGAUGAGGAGACUGUGCGCCGAUAUGCCCGUGCGUACAUCAUGAUGUUGUUGGGCACGCAACUGUUUGUGGACAAGUCCGGGAACCGGAUUCACAUCAGAUGGCUUCCGUACGUAGCGAGGCUGGAGGAGCUGGGUACCUACAGCUGGGGUUCUGCAGCACUGGCUUGGUUGUACCGGUGCAUGUGCCGAGUGGCGAACAGACAUGUCGUCAAGUUAGCGGGCCCGCUUCAGCUACUUCAGUCUUGGAUCUUUUGGUGCUUUCCUCGGUUUAGGCCUGCAGGAUAUGAGACGUUCAGCUGGCCGUUGGCCUCGAGAUGGUCAGAUUACAACCCUUCCGGGAGCGAGAAGGGUCCUAGAGUGGCGAUGUGGAGGCUCAGGAUAGACCGGUUACAGGACAGGGAGUUUAUAUGGAUGCCGUACAGUAGCCCCGACGUACUUCAGGUUCUGCAUCCGGAGGUUUUGGAGCCUCGGCAUAUGGCGUUGUGGCGCUCUGUGACCGCGCUGAUCUACUUUGCUGUCAUAGAGUGGCAUCAGAUAGAUCGUGUUCUUCCGCAGUUUGGAGGGGUACAGCCCCCUCCGCUUCCCGCACUGAACAUUGACUUUCUGAUGUCCAAGGACGGGAGAGGUGGCGAUCGGUGGUUCCCGUCUUAUUUGCAGAAGUGGCAUCUCUACUGGGACUCUCGUCAGGAGAGUGUGCUGAGGUUCGACGUUGUUGCCGACCCCGGACCGUCGCAUGAGUUCCUUGAGUGGUGGAGUUAG